CUCUCUCCGUUCACACACAGACCUAGCAAUCUUUUACCUAUACUUUUGUCCCUCACCUGCUCUCACUCUACCUGUGUGGGAUUCUCUACAGUUUGGGAGACCGUCUGUCCCUCACCUGCUCUCACUCUACCUGUGUGGGAUUCUCUACAGUUUGGGAGACCGUCUGUCCCUCACCUGCUCUCACUCUACCUGUGUGGGAUUCUCUACAGUUUGGGAGACCGUCUGUCCCUCACCUGCUCUCACUCUACCUGUGUGGGAUUCUCUACAGUUUGGGAGACCGUCUGUGGAUACAGUAUCCAGUGAAAGGAGCCAGCGGAGGAAUCAUAGGAACCAGAUUGGGAGCCCGCGGAGGAAUCAUAGGAACCAGAUUACAAACGACCUGACUAUGUCAAAAGAGGGGGACAGAGCAUCAGUGUUGAAGACCUCUAAGGUUCGGACCAAGCUGAAGGGAGAUGCCAGCUGGAUGCAGAGACUCAGUGAACCUCAGUCUGAAACAGAGGAGGAGAAACCAUGGAUGGCAGAAGUUAAAGUGAAUCGACUGAAUGGAGCCCCAAUAGACACCAGUCCAAUAGCCUCUCCCACAUCCAAGACCCCUCCCUCCCCAACCAGACCUGCAGAAGAUGGAGCACCAUCUUCAGGAUACCUCAUCAGAGGGGUUUUUACCGAGACAGACACCAAGCCUGCUGCCAACUCAUCUACAUCCAAUGGCUUCAGUGGGUCAACAUCCAGCUUCACCAAGAGGCCUUCAGAGAGCUACAAGAGAAUAGCUCCUCACACAGUGCGUCCCACCUCAAACCUCCCAGUUCAAACUGAGGACCAGCUUUCUCCAGAGGAGAAGGAGAAAUGUUGUACUGACAAACCACCAGAAACCUCCCUGACCACAGAUGUUACAUCUUUUGUGGCUAAAAGGGUGGUGAUCACAGACAAUGAUGACUCUGUCUUCACCGAGACUCCCUCUGUCCCCAAAGAACCAGCUGCACUAUCUGUGAAAGGCGUCCCUCCUGUUUCUGUGAAAGACUUCCCUCCUGUAUCUGUGAAAGACUUCCCUCCUGUUUCUGUGAAAGGCGUCCCUCCUGUUUCUGUGAAAGACGUUUCUCCUGUAUCAGUGAAAGACGUUUCUCCUGUAUCUGUGAAAGACGUCUCUCCUGUUUCUGUGAAAGACUUCCCUCCUGUAUCUGUGAAAGACGUCUCUCCUGUUUCUGUGAAAGACUUCCCUCCUGUUUCUGUGAAAGACUUCCCUCCUGUUUCUGUGAAAGACUUCCCUCCUGUUUCUGUGAAAGACUUCUCUCCUGUAUCUGUGAAAGACGUCUCUCCUGUAUCUGUGAAAGAUGUCCCUUCUGUAUCUGUGAAAGAUGUCCCUUCUGUAUCAGUGAUUGACCCUUAUGAGGGCAUGAAGCCAGGGCUUACCAAAGUGGCCACUAAGCUGUCCCCAGAGAGUAGUGUCCUGUUGAAAGUAAUCUCCCCAGUGUCCCCUGUCCCAUACAAACCAGUGAAGACAGAUCCUGCCCCAGUGGACACACUGACAGCCCUGUCUGACACACUCAUCUCCUUCGACACAGGUUCAUCCAGCUCCAGAGUCCCUGACCCAGUAUGGACGGAGACAGCAGAGCCAGAGGACAGAUUGCAUGGUGAUCCAAUCCCUCAGCUCAUGGUUGAUGAUCUCCUCUCUCUCACUAACGGUCUAGAAGAGGAGUUGGUAAAGCCCAUCCCUCCCAGCCCAGGAUCUAGGAGUCAGGAGCUUCUCAGUGGAUCAGACAGGUCAUCUCACAGUGAUUCACCGUGGGAUAGAUGGAGUGCACCAACUGUCUAUAAAGAGGAGGACAGAGACCCAGAGCCUUCAAUGGACCGUUCUAGCUCCUACUCCAGGACCUUGGACAGUUCUGCCAACCAGAGACCCAAGGCACCAGACACCGAGUCCAAGAAGUGUUUUGUGUACCUGAAGGAGUAUGUGGACGUUACAGAUCUAACCAAGCACAACACUAGAGACAACGAUCCUGACUAUGUAACGUCUAGUUCUACCAGCCAUUCCUACAGUAGCCCCUCCUCUUACACCAGGUCUACCAUGACGUCUGCCUGUACGUACUGUGGAGAGCAGGUGGGCAAUGAUGCCAAGAUCACCAUCGAGCACCUCAACAUCUCCUGCCACCCAGCCUGCUUCAAGUGUGGUGUUUGCAGUAAGCCAAUGGGAGACUUUCUGUUCAGCAUGUUCCUGCACAAAGGGACAGUCCACUGUGAGAGCUGCUAUGCCAACGUCUUGUAGGAUGCUUCCUUUCCUUGUCUCCUCGUCUCUUUUCCUUCAUGGCCACUGAGAGGUGACAAGACUGGAUGGUUGAUAUAACUGCUCUUUCCCAUCAAGACCUGUCGUCUGCUAACAGACACAGGGACGCUGCACCUUGAGUUUGACAUGAAUGUCCAUGUGUGAGAUUUUGUUUUCAUACCUUUGUAUGGCAGUUACUCUAUGGUUUAAAGAGAAUAAUAUGAUAAAAUUACUGAUAUUGUCUUCCGUCCAUUUGAAUUACCACUUUUUUGGGGUUUUUUUCUCCUUAAAGGCCCAGUGCAGUCAAAAAACGUGAUUUCCUAUGUUUUAUAUAUACUGUAUUUCCAUGCUAUGAGGUCGGAAUAAUACUACGGAAUUGGGGAAAUUAUGAUAAUUCUCUUUAAGUGUGUGUUGGGAAAAUUAUGAUUAAAUGACUGAACAAAUCAUUUUAAAUGGAACUGUAACUAAGUAAACUUAUACUCUGUUUUAUUAUAUCUGAUUAACAAUAUGAGUUCAUAAGAAGGGAUUGUGAGACACGGACAAGGAGUAAUUAAAGUUAAUGAACACCAUUCCAACUAGGAAGAAACUAAUGGGUUGUGGAUUAAGUAAACAGAUAAGGUAGUUAACCUAUGGUUGAACCGACGAAACUGAGCUCUGGGGUUUUUAGAUAACCUAGGAAUGCACUCACUGUCUUUUCUGUUAAUUAGAACUGUCAGCUAAGUGGUGAUCGAUAAUGUUGAGGGGUCAAAAGUUACCUGGGAGUGUGUUAGUAAGUUAGAAUGAACUUUUCACCUCACUUUGUCCCUGUCGAGAGGAGGGGUUUCUGUUAAGCAAUGAAAUGACGUCAUGUUUUGCAUAUAAACUGUUGAUCGUGGUGAAGUGGCAGCGCGCUCCGAGAAUAAAUUCUGUUACCUAUUAUUGAAAAGACUGGUCUCUGUCUAUUUUAUGCAAACAAGAAUCUUACAAAUUCUCAUAAAAUAGAUGAAGGGCUUUCAAUUAAUGAAAACACAUUGGCAUCAUUAAUUUACAGUAACAGUGUGUAAGCUCUGUUUGAAGAAAAAAAAACGCCAGAAAUGUCUGCUUGUUUUAGUGGGAGGAGUUUUGCCCAGAUUGGCGGUAUCACCAGGUGGUAUACGAAUAACAACACGUUUUCAUCAAACAUAUCCUUCCCAUUAGGCUCGUCCAGUUAGAACUCUCACUCAGGCCUACCAAAAUUGUUUUUCGAGAAAUUGCUCUUUGCUUAGAAGGCAUAACUAGUCGAGAUUACAGUAUAGUCUAUUUUUGUUUCUUUUCGACAAUUUUAGCGAGGUCAUUAAUUACCCAGAAAUGGUUUGAUAUUGAGAUAAAAACGGCUGCACUGGCCCUUUAAUGGCAUAACUUUGUGAAUUUAUUGUGAAAUAUGAAGGAACUGUAUUUAAAAGUCUCUGGAUAUUAUUAUGUAAUGACACGAUUUAACUGGGAACUGGCUAUGUAGAUUAGCAGUUGGGUACAAUUUCCUAAUUUCGGGCAUGACUAUGCAAAGUAAAUAAUUAUAUAUCUUUUUUCAAAUUUUCAUUUUUAAUUGUCUGAUGUCUUUUCCUCACAAUAAACAUGAUAAUUAUAGAGUAUA